CACCGGCCCUCUUCCCUCGCGAUCACGUCACCAGAGCUAACGGGCAAUGGAAUCAAUUUGAGGGGUCCCAGAUUUUUUUUUUCUCCUCCUUCGAUGAAUUUCCUUUCAAAUCUUUUUCCUUGCUGGUAAUUGGAAUUGUUGAACUUGCCUCUUGUCUAUUUAAACGCUGCAUCUUGUACGUCUUCUGCAACAAGUCACCACCAUCCCCAAUCACCACUCUGCUAACCACCACCACCAAAAAAGAACAAGCACCAUCCAUCCACUCUCACCGACAUCGCUCAACCUCACUCAACAUCACCACCGCAACAAUGACCUUCUUCUCCCGCUUCCUGCGCCCCUUCCAGCUCAACUCGCGCCUUUCCAUUGUUCCCGAGGGCACCUCUGGAUCGUCCGCGUCGGUCGCUGUUCCUGAGGGCGCCGAGCUCUGCACCGUUGCUGCCGGGUGCUUCUGGGGAACCGAGCAUCUCUACCGCAAGCAUUUCGCUGGCAAGGGCCUCCUUGAUGCCAAGGUUGGAUACAUUGGCGGCGACCUGACUGACCCUUCGUACCGCGCUGUCUGCGGCGGCAAGACUGGCCACGCCGAAGCCGCACAAAUCAUCUUCGACCCCAAGCAGGUCUCGUACAAGCAGCUCCUCGAAUUCUUCUACCGCAUGCACGACCCCACAACCCUCAACAAGCAGGGUCCCGACACCGGCCCCCAGUACCGCUCUGCCAUCUACUACCACAACCCAGAGCAGGAGAAGAUUGCCCGUGAAGUCACCGCCAAGGCCAACGAGCAGUGGUGGAAGAACGGCAUCGUCACCGAGCUUGCUCCCGCUGGCAAGUGGUGGACUGCCGAGGAGUACCACCAGCUCUACCUCGACAGAAACCCUGCUGGCUACGAGUGCCCUAGCCACUUCUUGCGCUCCUUCCCGGAUCUGGAGUGACUGGAUGGUGGUAAAAGCAGACUAUAAAAGGAUAUUUGGGAGGGAUGUAGGAUUCAACACAACGACAUGACGCAGAGAAGGCAUAGGGGGUUGCCGGUAACAUAUAAUACCUCUUUUUUACGCAGCUAUGACUGGCCCUGAUUUUUGUAUACUCGACAUUUAACAUAGCGAUGAAAUUCUAUAUGGAAAUAAUUAACUUGGAAACUACACUCGUCUAUAUUGUAAAGUGAUUCGCGGAAUGUGAGGGGUUGCGUUUGCACUUGUGCUUCUCCAACGCUGUUAUAGACAUAGAACCGCCCGCACAGCAGCACAUCCAGCUUACUGGGCAUGUGUAUCUCCACGUCCCUCGUAAGUUGUACACGGCUGCAGCGUUGUCCCUCUCUAGGUUAUACCAUCCCCAUGGGCGUACAACAUCGUGCAUUGCAUACAGCCCGUGUCACGACCGGUUGGUGUUACUCCCACUGUGACGAGACAAUAGCCCGCACCGUUCGUCACACAUACAACGUGGCCGGGGGUCCCUCUCCUUUUAUAGUAGGUCAAUUAAAUAGAUGUGAAUGUAUCACGGAGAAUUUUAAUUCUUUUUUUUUCUGUGACUGUGUUGAUCCGCACUGUUCUGAUAUGGGAAACUACCACUGCCUCCGUAUGCAUCAUCACACACCGUAGACUGAUGCAUAACAAGCGUUUUUACAACCGACUGAAAUAGACUACAAGGGAGACAUGGCCAAAUAUCCAGAAUAGGUUGCAUCAGUACCUAAGCGCAGCCUCUGCUCGAACAGCUAGUGGACCCAGAAGUAAUUAAAUACAGCAGAGACAUGUCCCCGAUCAGGCCCAGCUACAUUCCAGGGUGUCGAUGAAUGCCAUUCGAUCCAUAAAGCCCUUUCGACGGCGUGGCUUAAGUCAUCCGAGAGACAUAAACAGAACGCAUCGAAAUAGGGUGAGGGGCCCGCCCAUCUCGCAUCUUGGAGGGUCUGCCGGUUUCAGACACAACCCCCCCAUCCAUCCCAUCCCAAGCAUGCGUUGCGGCUAGACACGCCCCUUUUUUCUUUGGUUCUGGGCCAGGCUACGAAGCACUUCUCACGCUGCUAAAUUAAACUGGUAAUUACUAGCGUGAUGGUGGUGGCCAGCAAGACAAAGAAACGGAUAUGUGACGAGACGGUGCAGCCCUCUCUGCAGCGUGUGGGAUGCACGCCGCCCAGCCAGCCGUGCACGUCAUUCGCUUGACAGCCUCGAAAGCCACAUGCGAACGUGCGCGCUGGGCUGCCGUGGGCUAGCUAUCACGUGAAAAUCUGGGUUGGGAAAUAAGGCCACCCUGGACUUGGCGCCAUGCUGGGCUGCCGCCGAAAUAGCAAAAAAAAUUGCGACGGCAUCGAGAAUCAUCACUAUCGGGUGGUUGCAUAAUUGCUCUGCCGAGGUUGAGAGUGUUGUUUUUGGUGAUGUUUGGAAGAAAUUUGUAUGCAUUUUUUUCCACUAAUUGUUUCUAUUGAGUAUUAUACAUUCAUAAUGCAAGACAGGUCAUAGCUUCAGGGGAGGCGCAAAUGAGUUGGCCGAGAUAUCAUAAUAGCUAGUCAAUGGGUAGUUGUGCGAGUAAGUCAGCAUAUAUGACAGUAAAGGAUGGUAUAUACGGGUCGGAUUAUUUCCAUGAUCACCACUUAGCCAC